AUGCCUGCUCAAAACGUUUCCCUCUCGCAACUUCUAUGGUGGGGUCAUGGUCUUCCCGUGGACGCAGAAGAACGCGAUCGUUCAGAAGUUGUGGAGAUGAUAGAAGGCAACACCAAUGGACACCCCGAAGAUACUGGAUUCGCAGCUGCUGCGUGGAGCCCAGGUGGUGGUAAGAGAAUGUCCUUCAUUGUUGCCAAUAUUGAGGGUCAAAACAACUCAACAGCUUUCGCGGGACUCGAAACUUUGUCUCCUGUGGUCGACUUGCGGGCAAACCUCCCAGUAACCGGCAUUGCUGCCCAAAUCGCAUCGACGAGCGGCGAACACCAGGUUUCAAGUACUCUAGCCUUCCACAACAUUCUUGACAUGGGCCGCAAGGUUCUUGCGUCAUUCGAUACCGUCAUCGAGGAGAUUGAAGACUAG